ACAUUGUCAAAAUAGAAUACAUAUUACAUGACCGUUGGAUACAUUGUUAUUGCAAACCACUGGAAUUCCCCUUUAAGAAUGACAAGUUGGCAAAACCAACGUUGGUGCACGAAUCAGCUUUUCAUACACUGGUUAAAUCAGAAUGAGAAUAAAAUAUGAAAGUGAAUGUCUCAGAACGCAAUUUUUUUCAUGCUGUUCAUUAAGUCGAAGAAGCCUCUAAUCGUUGUCUGUCGUUUUUGCUACCAAGUGGCACAUUUCCAUCAGGUCUGUCCCAAGAGACGACGGUCAUUUGAAAGAGAAUGUCCGUGCAGCACAGAAGGCUUUUUGUCGGCGGGCCCACAAAGGAGGCUCUUCGGGUGGGGGAUGUGGACCACCUCCGCCUGCCAGCGUACAUAUAACGCCAGCCCGGGUUGGGGGUGGGGGGCAGACAUGAACCUCAUCUGACAGCGCACAGGUGAACGGUCGUUCCCAAAGGAUUUGAAUUUACGUGCUGCGUGGCAUCAUGAGCGCCGCUUUGCUCCUCGCUAUACUUCCUGUGGCGUGGACCUGUGUUCCGCAGAAAGCAGAUUACGUGAUCGUGUCGUGCUUCCCAAACGCCAUCAUCGCCAACGUGCCCGAGUGUCCGUACGGCUGGGAGAUGCAGCAGCUCCACCUGGGCGGGGUGUGCUCCACGGGUGUGCACAGCUCCGGUUACUACCGCUUCACGAUCCCCGACCUGACGCCCAAGAACCACUCGUACUGCGGCACUCAGUCAGAGUACAUUGCAGGGAAAGACGCCCGCUAUAUCUUCUUCAAUUCGGUGGUGUCCAACGACACGUCGCUGACGCUCAGGAACCAGCCAGUCAACUACACCUUCAGCUGCGUGUACCGAGCCGUCUAUCUGGUCAACAACGCCGUCUUCAGCCAGAGAGUGGCCACUGUCUACGUUAGCAACGGCACGUUGGGCUCCUUCAUGUCACAGCUAUCCAUGGGCGUGUUCACCAACGCCAAGUUCCUGUACGCCAAAGAGGCGCCGUACGUGAUCGACACCUCCGAGAUUGGCUCGGAGGUUUUUGUCGGCGUGGAGGCCAAAGGGCUGAGCGGACGCUUCCGUGUGGUCAUAGACAACUGCUGGGCCACGCCCACGCCCUACUCCACGGACAGGAGGAGGUGGAGCCUUAUCAUCAACAGCUGCCCAUCCGACGACACCGUGAACAUAUUUGACAACGCCAAAGACAGCCGCUCCACCUUCAAGUUCAACUCGUUCCGCUUCCGCGGCCACGAGAAGGCAUCCACCGUGUGGCUCCACUGCGAGGUCCACGUGUGCGACGGCGAACGGCUCAGCUGUCAGCCGGUGAGUCGGAACAUCUCAGGUCACCGAGAUAGGAAGGGGAACCUUAACGCUGUACUUGCUGCCCCCUUGAAGAGUCCUUGCUCAGCCAGGAGACUGGCAUUGAAGGCGGAGCCACAUGGCGGCGUCCUGACUGCUGAAUUUCACGUCAAAGGUACGAUACGGAGCAUUUCUGACACCGCUCAUGGGAAAAAUGAACUGACUUUUAUGCUUCAGUUUAUGGCAAAUCAUAGAAAUUAUCUUUCACAGCUAAUGGAUCCUCCAGUACAGGACACAUCAUAGGUACUGUAAAUGCACGUAUCACCACUAUGGCGUGAAGUGUGUGU